AUGAGAGGUUGUGUUUUUGAUACAAUUGAAAAAAAAGAUUUUAAAAAAUUAAAAAAUUAUUUUAAGAUUCCUUUGAGAAAUACAAUAUAUGGGUAUAAACUAAUAAAUAAAUGCAAAAAAAAAAAAAAAAUUUUUUUACACGGAAAUUUUCCAAAUUAUUAUUAUGAGAGAUACAAAAAGAAAAAAAGAGAAAUAAAAAUAGAAAAAGAAGAAAAAGAAAAAGAAGAAAGAAAAAAAGAAAGAGAAAAAGAAGAAAGAGAAAAAGAAAAAGAAAAAAAAGAAAGAAAAAAAGAAAUAGAAGAAAUAGAAAAAGUGGAAAUAAAGGGAAAAUAUAAUAUUAACGAUAAUAAUAAUAGUAGUAUUAACAAUGAAAGUUUAAAUAAUUUAAAUGAAAACAAGUAUUUACAAAAUAAAUAUAUUAUUAAUGAUUAUAGAUUAACGCAAAUUGAUAAUUUAAUAAAAGAUAUAUUUAAAAACAAAAUUAUAUUAGAUAUUGGAUGUAAUAUUGGUGUAACUACUUUUUUAUUAAGUUUAAAAUAUGAGUGUAAGAUUGUUAAUGGUAUAGAUAUAGAUUGCUCAUUAAUAAACAAAAACGUUUAUUUGUUAAAAUUAUUUAUUGAGUUUAUUUUAGUGCAUUAUAAUCAAAAGCAUAUUUUACAUUUUUUUUUAAAUAAUAAGAAUUUGCUUAAAAUACAGAAAGAUAUAUUCCUGGAUUUAUACUUUUUAUUUGAAUAUUUAAAACAAGAAAGAAGUAAAAUUAAACAUGAAAUUAAAAACUCAGAUGUAGAGAUAAAUGUGAAUGAAAAUAAAAAUAAAAAUGAAAUAAAAGAUAAAAACAAAUCGUUUAAUGAAAGUUAUAAUUUUAUUGGUGACACUAAUUUAUUAGGAAGUACUGAUAAUUAUCAUUUUCCUUUUAAUGUAUAUUUUUUAUGUUCUAAUAUUUUUGAUAAAAAAUUCAGUAAAAUAGAAAAUAAAUAUGACAUAAUUAUAUGUUUUUCUGUUUUAAAAUGGAUUCACUUAAAUUACGGUGAUAAUUAUAUUAUAAUUUUUUUUGAUUUAAUUCAUAAAAUGUUAAAGAAAAAUGGAUAUUUUAUAUUAGAAUAUCAUAAUGAAAUAAAAUAUAAAAUAAAAAAGAGUGAAAGGGAUUUUUAUAAACAUGAAAUUAACUUAAAUUAUAUGCAUUUUGAUGAUAUAUCAAAAGGUAAAUAUAACAACAGUUGCAAAUUGAAAUUGAUACACAAAACUAAUUGUAAUGUUCAAGAAGAACAAGUUAAAAAAAAAAAUAAAAAUAAAAAAGUAGGAAUGUUUAAUAGAUUUAUUUGUAUUUAUCAAAAAAUAUAA